AUUAACACUUACCCAAUCGUGCCGUGACUAUCCAUGGCCUAAAUCAAAACCAAAAGAAUUUAAAAAUAAGUAAAGCAAAGACCUCGGACGGCUGGUCAACAUAGUGCUUCCUUUCUUUGUAUUUGAACUCAAAAACCACUUGCAAUAGCAACGAAUUCUGCGUAUGCUCAUUGUAAAACAAGGGAGUUGGACAAUAGUAACGCACCAAAACUUGAAGAGGAGACAUGCAGCGCAUUCCUCAGAUUUUGGGUCAUUUGUUUAGUAAAUAUGUGAGGAAGCCAAACACUCAUGAUGUUGCCAAAGCAGGAAGAGGUGAGGAGAACAAUCAAGCUUCUUUGUUUAACAAGUUGCAUUCAUAUGAAAGUGCAAACCAUCAACAACAACGAAUUUGUGGCCCUCUUGCUGCUCUUACGUUCAAUUUAGUGGUUGCUGUUGGCAUCAUUUUCAUGAACAAAUGGGUUCUUAAAAAUGUCGGGUUCCAGUUCCCAGUAUUUCUGACUGUUAUUCACUAUGCAGUCAGCUGGGCAUUAAUGGCGAUUUUGAAUUUCUUUUCUAUCCUCCCUGCAUCGCCCUCCUCAAAGUUGGCCCCUUCAUCUUUAUUUACUUUUGGCUGUGUUAAUUCUGUUUCUACUGGCCUUGCUAAUGUCAGCUUGAAGUACAAUAGUGUGGGAUUCUAUCAGAUGGCUAAGAUUGCUAUUACACCAUUGAUUGUCCUAGUGGAAUUUAUAUGGUACAAGAAGGGACUUGCUUUCUCGAAGGUGAUUGCACUAACAGUUGUAUCUAUUGGGGUUGCUGUUGCUACUGUAACUGAUUUACAAUUCAGCCUCUUCGGCGGUUGUGUUGCAUUGGCAUGGAUAAUACCUAGUGCAAUCAAUAAAAUCCUUUGGUCCAAUGUGCAACAACAAGAGAACUGGACUGCACUAGGGUUAAUGUGGAAGACAACACCAAUCACUUUGUUUUUUCUGGUUUUAAUGACUCUUUUCUUGGAUCCUCCUGGUGUGCUUGCAUUCCAUUGGAGCUUCAGCAAUACAUCGGCGAUUCUCACGUCUGCUUUUCUUGGCUUCUUGCUUCAGUGGUCAAGUGCUUUGACACUAGGGGCUACAUCUGCCAUCUCCUCUGUUGUUCUUGGACAAUUCAAAACUUGUGUUGUACUUCUCGGAAACUAUUACCUUUUCGGUACAAAUCCUGGUGCAACUAGUAUUUUUGGUGCAUUUAUAGCCAUUGGUGGCAUGUCCUUUUACACAUACCUUAACAUACAUGCUAUGAAGCAGCAGUCGAGGAAAGUGUUACCCUAAAACAUCCUGUUUUAAAAGUCUAAACUGGGCGAAGGAAAUAGAGAGAAUCAUGAUGCAUAUGGUACAGAAACUGUUUAACAAUGAAAACUUCAUGGUGAGUACAUAUUUGACAUUGAAAGCCAAAAUUCCUCCUUAAAGAAAGCUUGCUAUUGUUUUUUUUUCUUUUCCUUAACUAUAAUCAUAAGAGAGAAAUUAUAGAGCAAUUUCAGAAUACGUUGCUUAUAUUAUAUUUCAUGCUUGUUUCAGUUUUAACAAUGCUGCUUUAAGAGCUUGUAUAGAAUGCAAUGUAAAUGUAUAGAAUAUCCAUACAAGAGGCAAUAUGCUAUGUGUUUCGCAUGCUUUCAACUGGACUCCAUCAAGUGAAAGGCCAUAACAUACUGCUUAGGCCACACCUAGACCUAAAAGCUUAAGCUUAUGAAGUCGGUGUUACACCAAGAACUUAAAGCAAUCUAGUUGGUCUAUGUGAACGUAUCCAACCAUGAUGCUUCCAAGACUACUACGACAACCUCAACUAGUUCACCAUAGAUAGCUUUGGCUCAAAAGUAGGCAGUCUUGGCUAAAUGUCCUUAACUAGUUAAUUAUUUACAUAGAGGCCAUUUCAGUCUGAUGCUAUUUUACUCUCUUUGUACCUCACCUUUGUGAGGGCGCUCACUUUACUACACACAGUGCUUUCUACGGACUUUGUUUGUAAACUUAUUUUUGCAUUUUUUUUUGGCCAAAUAUAGUUUGUAUUUGUUGACUGUUGAGGAAUCCAUUAAGUAAAUGGCCAAACAUAUUGCUAUAUGAACUAUUUUCUUGUUCACCCUUGAAUCAAUAGUUUUAAGUUAUUAAGAUUAUGCAUCCCAACCGUACCUUGCAUAGGUCUUUGAGCUAGUUUCAUCAUUCUCUAGCUAGAGACAACCCAGUAAUUGAUCCUUGAUGAGAGCUGGUUG